CUUGUCCAGAGUGUGGUCCGGGUGGUUUUCCACGACCGCCGCCUCCAGUACUCGGAGCAGCAGCAGCUCGAGGGCUGGCGCUGGAGCCGCCCCGGCGAUCGGAUCCUGGACAUCGACAUCCCGCUCUCCGUGGGAAUCCUGGAACCCCAAAUCCACCCCACGCUGCUCAACACCGUGGAAUUCCUGUGGGACCCCUCCAGACGCACCUCCGUGUUCGUGCAGGUUCACUGCAUCAGCACCGAGUUCACGCUGCGGAAGAACGGGGGGGAGAAGGGGGUCCCGUUCCGCAUCCAGAUCGACACCUUCGGGGCGGGGGGCAAGGGGGACCCCCCCGAGCACCUGCACUCCGCCAGCUGCCUGGUCAAGGUCUUCAAGCCCAAAGGCGCCGACAGGAAGCAGAAGACGGACCGGGAAAAGGUGGAGCGGCAGCCGGCGGCGGAGCGGGAGAAGUUCCAGCCGGCCUACGAGAGCACCGUGCUGGCCGAGUGCCCCCCUUGGCCGGACGCGCUGGGCGCCCCCCACAGCCCCCCGGGCACCCCGGGGCUGCCGUCCCCUCACCCCUUCAAGCUGCUGAGCCCCGAGAGGGUGUGCAUGUCCCCCGCCUGCGCUGCCGAGGGCCCCGCGGAGAGUCCUGGUGAG